AUGAGGCAUGUCUCAUCCUGGCGGACACUCUGCUUAGGAGGCUGGCGGGGCUGCACCGCACCCGCACAAGGCUUCGAUGUGACCCCUCUCCCACAGGACACGUGCGCGGUGCCCGAGGCAUGUGCUAACGGCUCUCCGGGCGGGUGGCCGCAGGGCUGGCGAGGGGGCACGGGUGGCCAGGCACACCUCCCCCGCCUCGCCCUUCAGCUUCCGUUCCCGCGGCUCUCGAGGUCGCGAAGGCCGCUUCCAGCCUUCUUCCCACCGCGCCGGGCCCAGGAGGACGCCCAGGGCCGGAAGCACCCGCCCGCGGCCCGCAGACCCUCGGCCCGCGGGCCGCGUGCUAACCCGGUGCACUGUGGACGCCGCAGCCUGGCCGACCCUGGGCCCUCUGAAGCUUUCCAGUACCAGCUGUUUGCUCAGCUGACAAGAAGUGACACAGCAGUUAGGAGGUGGACCUUGGCAUCAGAGCAGCCACCAGCCCAGUGGGGGCGCCGGCGAAAACGGGCGACACGGGCGGGAGGCGACCUGCGAGGACGGCCUCGGACCCGGGCUCCUGAGACCUGCCGCACUGCGCGGGGCCAGGUAGUCGGUCCUGGGUUUGGAGGCGCGGCCACAGGCCAGAGCCCGCCGCUUUCCCGGAUCGCGCUCUGUACAACGGUGACCGGCCGGCGGGGUCAGUCCAGCUGCUUUCCAGCACCCCGGGCAGCGCCCGAAGCCCAAACCUAUCGCGGAUCAGAGGGAGACCCAGGGCAUGGUUCGCCUCCUUCUGCGCUAGAUCCCUUGGGCUGCGCGAAGGCCGGGCGGGUGGUUGCUCUGCGCUCCACUGCUCAUGCCUGCGGGUUGCUAGGAGUCGCGAGGCGCAGGCGCGCUGGUGGUGCCGCGGGGUGUGCCAGGCCCGCGGUCUCCGCCCUCUGGGGCUCGCGCCUGCCGGUUGCUAGAAGUCUGGAGUGCGCAGGCGCACUAGGGCGGCCGCGGGGUGUGCCGGCCCGCGGUAGUUUGGCGCUUCGCUGUUCACCCCUGCUGGUUGCUAGGCGUCGGGACGCUAGUCGGAUGCCCACGGGCUAUGGAGCAGCUAAAGGUGGGUGCGGGGUAUCGGCUAUGGCUUUCUGGGCGCCUUUUGUGCAUUCGGGCCGCGCGGCUGGGCCUGGGAGAGAGCUGUGCACUAGGCUGAGCGCCAGCCGUAGGCCGGCCAAAAGUCAAGGAAUGCCAUCUGCGUCCAUUCCAUCGUGCCUUCCCUCCUCGCUGUCGUUCGGGCUUUCACGUUACUCCCGUUUACGGUGCCGAGCUGCAUCCUUGUGCCAGAUGCACGACACUGCUGGACCGGCGCCCCGGCGCUGCUUCGAGAAGCACUCGGUCCUUUCAUCCCCUGCAACUCUAGAAACUGCGUUUGCUGGGGUGGUUGGCGGCGGGGCUACUAAAACAAGCCCCCCGGGGUUGUGGUCAUCGGGGCAGCGUCGCCGCAGAACCUGCCGCGGGACCGGGGGCCGCCCCUCCUUCAGCGCCCACGAGCGGCCCUGGAGAGUCCAUUUUCCAGACACUGAAAGAGCAGGGUGGCUAAAUAAGACUGUAGAACACAUGUGGCCUUUCAUUUGCUAGUUCAUAGAGAAGUUGUUUCGAGAAACCAUAGAGCCAGCUGUGUGGGGAGCACACACCCACCUCAGCACCUUCAGUUUCUCCAAAGUUGACAUGGGUCAACAGCCCCUCAGGAUCAAUGGUGUUAAGGUAUAUACUGAAAAUGUGGACAAAAGGCAAAUUAUUUUGGACCUCCAGAUUAGUUUUGUAGGAAAUUGUGAGAUUGAUUUGGAGAUCAACCGGUAUUUUUGUAGAGCUGGUGUGCAAAGCAUACAGAUUCAUGGUACCAUGUGGGUGAUCCUGGAACCAUUGAUUGGAUACAUGCCCUUGGUGGGAACUUUGUCCAUCUUCUUCCUUAGGAAGCCACUUUUAGAGGUUAAUUGGACCUGACUGAAAGUUCUCCUUGAUGUACCUGGACUGAAUGGUUUAUCCAAUACUAUCAUUUUGGAUAUAAUAUCAAACUAUCUGGUGCUUCCCAAUCGGAUCACCAUUCCUCUUGUCAGCGAAGUUCAAAUAGCUCAGUUGCAGUUUCCUAUACCAAAGGGUGUUCUGAGGAUACACUUCAUUGAAGCUCAGGAUCUUCAGGGCAAAAAUACUUACCUUAAGGGGCUUGUCAAGGGAAAGUCAGACCUCUAUGGAGUUAUUUGUGUUGGCAACCAAAUCUUCCAAAGCAAGGUCAUCAAGGAGAACCUCAGUCCAAAGUGGAACGAGGUGUAUGAGGCUCUAGUUUAUGAACAUCCAGGACAGGAAUUAGAGAUUGAACUCUUUGAUGGAGACCCAGACAAGGAUGACUUUCUGGGAAGUCUCAUGAUUGAUCUCGUUGAAGUUGAAAAGGAGCACCUUUUAGAUGAAUGGUUUGGCCUGGACGAGAUCCCCAGGGGAAAGCUUCCCUUGAGGCUGCAGUGGCUUAUGCUGGUCCUGGACGCAUCCAGCCUGGACAAGGUGCUGGCAGACAUCAGAGCUGACUAAGACCAGGCCAGUGAUGGUCUCUCCUCCUCCUUGCUGAUCUUGUGUUUGGACUCGGCGAGGAACCUUCCAGUAUGCCUUCAAUUUAAUCCUGAUGUCUUGAAGAAGGCUGCAGUUCAGAAAACUUUAAAACGGUCAGGGAAGAAAAUGAACAGCAGUUCAAACCCUGUUGUCCAGAUGUCAGUUGGGCACAAGGCCCAGGAGAGCAAGAUUCGGUACAAAACCAGUGAACCUGUGUGUGAGGAAAGCUUCACUUUCUUUGUUCACAAUCCCAGGCGCCAGGACCUUGAAGUUGAGGUCAGAGAUGAGCAGCACCAGUGUUGCCUUGGGAACCUGAAGAUCCCUCUCAGCCAGCUGCUGGCCAGCGAGGGCAUGACCCUGAGCCAGCGGUUCCAGCUCAGUAACUCUGGCCCCAACAGGACCCUGAAGAUGAAGGUCGCCCUCUGGGUGCUCCACCUUGAAAAGCAAGAAAGGUCUCCAGAACACCAGCACUCAGCUCGAGUAAAGCAACCCUCUGUCUCCAGGGAUGGGAGGAAAAUGCCCACCAGGGCUCAGAUAUCUGCGUCACCCCACACUGCAGAUGGGACCCUCCCACCUGUGCCAGACAGUGGGAGUGAUGGUAAGCCUGGCGAGGAGGAGAGCACCCCGUCUGUGGAGGCCAGCCCUCCAGAGCCAAGUGACCUGGCCAGAAGCUGCUCCAGCCUGCAGGCCAGUGCUGCCUGAUCCCCCAACCCAUCCUCAUCAAGGAGCCCCCCAAGCAUCGCUUCGGACGUGUCACUGUCCAUCAGCACUCAGGAGCUUCGGCAGCAGCUGCGGCUGCUAGAAAAUGGGACAACACUGGGACAGAUCCAGCUGACCGUGCGGCACAGCUCAUAGAGGUACAAGCUGGUGGUGGUCGUGCUCUCCUGCAGGAAUCUUAUUGCCUUCUUGGAAGAUGGCUGACCCUAUGUCCACAUGUAUUUGUUACCAGACAAGAGGAGGUCAGGAAAGAAAACACACGUGUCAAAGAAAACAUUGAACCCCAUGUUUGAUCAGAGCUUCAAUUUCAGUGUCUCCUUCCCAGAAGUGCAGAGGAGGACAUUAAAAUCUGCAGUGAAGAACAGUGGCGGCUUCCUGUCCCAAGACAAAGGGCUUCUUGGCAAAGUAUUUUGA